AUGGCCCCUCGCACCCGCAAAGGCGGCCGCUCCGUCUCCCCCCUCCCAUCGACAUCCAAUGGUGAUGUUUCUCCACCGAAAGACGACGCGCCUUCCACCCCCGGUGUCAGCGCGCUCCUGGUCCCAUCCGACGCUGCGGAACGCGAGGAAGUCAAAGUUAACAACGCGAGCGCGAGCGACAUGAAGCAUGCAUGCGACGACGCAUUGAAGAGGUUCCUUUCCCGACCCGAUCUGUUCAAGCAAAUUCACACGCAUACAGACGUCCGCCUCGCCCUCGGAUGGCUCUCAGUCCUUGUCGCCGGCGGCACCGGUCUGUACGGUUGGCGCGUACCCUUCGAGCCGGGCAAGCCUGUGGUUUGGGCAGGCGUUAUCUUGUACGUGAUUCUGACGAUCGCGCAAACACUAUACGCGUACUUCAUCGAAGGCGACAUCGUCUUCGUUGGCAAGCGCAAAACCUUCGACAAGCGCAUCGUCACCGAGCGGAUAACCAUCACCUCGCGCUCGACCCCCUCCUCCCCACAAACACCACCCGGCUACUCGCUCGGCCUUGCGUACCUCCGUUCCGCAGCAUCCGGGAAGACACUUCUGGGCAAGGGCCGCUCCUCAACCGACCAGCCGUACACGUCGUUCUUCGACGAGACGGGCGUGAUGGACCAGGAUGCGUUCGAGCGCUGGGUUGGGGAAGUCGUUGGGGGCGUGAUGGACUCGAAGGCCGAGUGA